AUGUCUCCCCUUACCCCCCUAAGAAGAUCACCAAGACUACCACAACAAGAGCAGACCACGAACCAAAUGGCACAUUACCAGCCCAGCGGUUCUCGGCAACCUUCGGUUGCUUCACAAAAGCAGAGCAUGGGUACACGUUCGCGAGCAGGUAGCAUUGCUAACACGCACCGUUCUACACGAGCUAGCCCUCGACAGGCAAAUGCUUCUGGAGGUGUUGUUGGUCUACCCGGCGCUGGCGAUUCAUCGCUUGAAGAUUUCUUCGAACCAAACUUUUGGAACGCCAACAAUACUUUCUUCGACGAGUUCCUCAAAUUGGAUGUUUUCGAAACCACUGGGAAUAACAUCGCUAACAUGUCUACGAACAACUUCGAUGCUAAUCAGUCCCAGAACAUAAACUUGCCCCAGCAAGAGUUUGAGACCGACUUCCAAAAUGGCCUUGGAUUCAAGCUCCUCAACCCUAAAGAUGCACAGAAAGAUCAAGCUGAGCAAGAUUCCGUACUGUACAACCAGCAGGCUGAGGCAGAUCCUAAACAGCUCGAUUUGGUACCGGUCAAUUCAACAUCUCAUCCAGCAUUCGAGUCUACCAAUAACAACCUAGCAUUCGGUCCUUGGAAUGAUGUCUACGGAAUGCCUGCACAGCCAUCGCAUACUACUCCUGGAUUCUCUGCUAUCCCCGGAGGCAGCUCAUUCCCCCCACCGCUUAUGUAUCCCGAUCCUUUGAACUCGACGUUCUCCCCUGGGCCUUACUUCAACCCUCCCGUCCAGCAGUACCAUGGAUACAUCCCGAUCAGUCCGCAAUUUCAGCAACCGCAAGGCAGCGUCGAACAACCAAUCACUAAGGUAGGUCGUGCCCGGCCCCGUCGAUCCAGCUACAAGGACCCGAAUGUUACUGCCGAGCCAGACUCCGAUUCAGAGGAUGAUGUACUUCCUGCCAAGCGCCCUCGACAGAUUCAGCGCACCACGCGUAGCUCCGCACCUCAAGCAGAGAGUUCUCGCCGCUACUCUACUGUUUCUGACACCAACUCACUGAGUGAACCCGUAAAGGUGACUGUCGUCCGCGCUGGCGAGAAACCGAAAAAGUGUGAGGAUAAGUCUUGGGUCCGAAUCAACACGACUACCAAGGGCGAGACGACUCGUACAGCUCGAAUUAACCAGUUCACGAAGGAAGGCCCCAAGUACAAGAUUAAGCCACUUCCCAUUGGUGACUGGCAGUCCGGCAAAUUCAAGUUCGAGUACAAUCAGCACAACGGCAUGGAUGAGUUCAAGAAGCGCACCAUGUCUGCUCGCCAGAUCCACGAGUACAUCUCACAGCAUCCUGGAGAUCUUCGUAUCUGGAUCCAGGUUACACCUGGUGACUCAGCGCGUCGGUAUGCGUCCAAAUCCCAUAGUGAGUGCUUAUUCGAGCAAUGUCCGAAUCGACAGUGGGCAAACAAGGGUACCAUUGAAGUUGGCAACUACCGCGUGGCGUUUGAUGAGAAGCACAAGGCUUACGGCAAGGGCGUGGUUGAUCCAUUCGAUUGCGUCGCGUACGCACAUCUAUACUGCAUGGAGCGCUUUCUAGACUUCGAGGGCAUCUGUCAAGACGCUGACGUCAAGGUCGACACGCGUGGCGAGAUGGUUAAGGAACCCAAGGGCGUGGCCGCUUUUACGUUUUCUGGCAAGCAUGUUUCUGAGAAGGCACUCGCAGAGAAAUUUGUCAAGGCCGCUAAGGUUGGCCAGCUUGGACGUACUCCAGAGUUUGCCAACUACCCUGUUCAUACAGACUACGCGCGAGGUGAGCCUAAACCACACCCGCAGACUCUAAUCGCCGCCAUGUACAACGUCAACUGGGAGCAUCGCACUCGAUCGCAGCUGAAGCAAUUCGUCUACCGUAAUAUCAAGCCAGGCUCCUUUGGUAUUCAUCGAGGUGACCAGGAGAUCAUCAUGGUGGAUAAGAAGGUUGAGACCCUGAGAGUCUACAAGAAGGCUAAAGCUGCUAAGCGACACAAAGACUUCGACCACUCAGCCUACUAUGAUCAGUUCCACCCUGAGAUCAAUACUCGUAUUGCUGAAUGUUUGGCUCUCCGCGCCCAAUUCAAAGCUGAAGAUGAUGCAGGCACUGCUCCUGCACGAGGGGGCUCCCGGAAGCGCCGGGUCAUAGUUCCCGACUCGGACGACGAUGAGCCUGACUUCAACCGCACUGACGAUGAAUUCGAGGAGAUCGGUGACAACUACGAGCAGCAGCAACGCGUUGGCGUUGCUCAAGGCUCACGGUCGAGUCCACGCAAGAAGUCGCGCAUCAACUACACUGAGGCCGGGGACGUUCCGCAACAGCGCAGUGUCUAUGAUCAGAUUGCUCAGUAUGUACCAACAUACGAUGGCCCUGUCCCACCGACACCAACCCCAUACGUCGGCCCCACUCAAGCCAACUCUAGCGCUAUCUCGCCCAAAUCCCGCAAGGCGAGCUGCACGGGACUCUUCAUUCCCAAGGAUCGGUCCCGUCACGACAUCGAUCAGCAAGCCCCCAUCGACGUCUCUAACAUGCCAGCCCUGACAAACGAGGAACUCGACUACAUGCUGUCUCUUCCGCGCCGCAAGUCAAGCACUCUGAGCAUCGGACCUUACUCCAGCAUCAUGAAGUCGCCCAAGCUGAGCCGGGCUACUCGAUCCUCUGCUCGCACGGCAUCAUUCAACGCGCAGCCGGUCACUUCGAGCAAAGAGUACUACGUCAACGACCCACCGAGCCAGGUUGCCGUCUCACCUGAUGCCGCUCAGUCGCAGUACAACCAUCACGAGCAGGGCCGUCGCUCCGCCCGCCUUGCGGGCAAGACUUCACCAUCCCUAGACAAAGUCGCAACUGGCCGGGUUGGCAAGCGCCGCCGUACCUAGACGUUCUUUGAUGGCAACGAUAAAGUCCACCUGGAGUGGCAAAACAACCCGUACAAAGACUGGUAACAAACAAAGGUGAAACCACCAUAAUUGAAGGCGCUGGACGCCACUCUAUAUUAGUACUAUUGCAUUGCAUUGCCUUGCCUAUGUAGCGAUGGUACAGGUGCUCAACAGCGCGGAAAAGGUUGCAUUGAUUUAUUGUUAGAAUACAUGUUUAGCCUACUACUAUCCCCUACAAUUAAACUAUUGAAAUUUCAGAUUU